AACAGUUUUGCAAAACGUUUGGAUUAGUGGCGAACUACACGAUUUACUGUGUUAAAAUUAAAGUCGUGUGGAAUUGAGGAGUAACUCAAUGUGUUGCUUGCUUUUUUAGCUAGCAAGUCGUUGGAAAUAGCUUUAGCUAUUCAGCUAGGCUACCGUUAGUGAAAGUAAACAAACCAAGAAACCCAGCUAACUGUUACUACUAAAGCUAGCUGAUGUGUCAUCAAGGCGCUUUGCUGAAAUAGAUUUAUAAGUGAGCUAGCAAGAUACAUGGUAUUCAUAUGUGUGUCUCCAUGAGAGAAACCUAACAAUGCAGUGCAACAAUGUGACAACUAUCCCCAAAGGGCUACUGCAGCUUCGAGACCGUUUGAGUAGCAUGAUGGACAGCCUGUACUGUGACCCCAAGGUGGCAGAGCUGAUGAACACAUCAAUGGGGCAGUACCUCAAUGGCCACCCAUUCUUAGCCCUGGCUGUGUUCGUAUUUGGCGCCAUGGCCACUGUACCCAUUGUGAUUUUCCUGACCUUUGCCACUGUUACAUUCAUUGGUGCCACUGUGGGUUUUGUUUUAUUGGAGGUGUUUCUGCUAUCCCUAGGAGGGGUCAGUCUGCUGUGUGUGCUCUCUGCUCUGGCCAUCCUCUCCAUCCUGGUCUCCUUGGUCCUCGGUGCCUGUUACAUUACCUCUUACAAUGUGCUCAACUUCUACUACAGCCAGCGUGUCAGUAGGUACCGAGUCACUAGGUUGGAGCCUGCGACAAAUAUAACAGUCAUGGAACAAGAUGGAGAUGAAGAAGCCUAUGGGAAGCCGGAGGUUUAAGGAGCUGCAGCAUCAGUGAUGGAGAUGGCCUUCUACAGACACAAUCGUAUACUGAUCACUGCACUGGCAGAUAGGGGUUCCUCUAGACUCAAGAACUAGAUAGAGUAAAACCUCAGGUUGACUUUUCAUUAAAGGCCCAAUGCAGCUGUUUUUAUCUCAAUAUCAAAUCAUUUCUGGCUAGUAAUUAAAUACCUUACUGUGAUUUGUUUUAAAUGAAAACAAAAAUUGUUUAUUAGCAAAGAGCAUGUUCUCAAGCAAUAAUUGUUUAGGUCUAAGUGGGGAGGGAAAAACUGAAACAUAUCUGUUAUUGUCAGAGACAUUUGGAACUCUCUUAUUAGUCUAUAAACUAAUUUACUGCCAGGUGUCAACAGGCAGGCCACAUUUUCAGCCCACCAAAGCAGGCUGAAAUUUCAGGUGGUCUUUUCAAACAGCUCUUGCACUGAAAGGGCAUCAUUUUCACAAUUGCACAGUAUUAUUCCAACAUCAUCUGGAAAUAUUUAUAAAACAGAAUCUUUGGGCCUUUAACUAGAAAAAUCGAUUAUCCAAACAGCCCAAUGGAAUCAUCACCAUUGAUACAAGUAUUAAUAUGUCUUUAUAUGACACUGGAGGUUGUAUAAUUUCACCUGACUGAAUGUAGGCACAUUGUUUUAUUUUAUUGCAUUAUAGCAUUUGUACUAAUAUCUCUAUUUUCUUGAUCUUUCUAAGGGUUAAGAGUACAAAGAUGUAUAUUUUAUACAUAAACAGUUUAAAUUCAAGCUGCUAUCGGUUGCUAGUCUGUCAGAUGUUACAUGCAAUGAAUGCACCUUGGUUUUUGUCCAUUUGCAAUGGAGAGAGGAUUAAGAACCUGUAAUGGUAGAAAUGAUUUGUUAAACAAAUCCCAUUUAGAACAUGACAGAUGACCAGGUAGCACUGCAAUAUACCUGUUACUGCUACAUUGUCAAAUACAAUCUGUGUAUUCUGGAAACAAUGUGUGCAGUAUGCUAUAAUCCAUAUUGUACAUUUGCCAAAGAUUUUUCUUAAAUGUGUUCCUCUAGUUUUGAUCCACAUAGGAUUAAUAACAGGUCAGUCUUUUAAGUUUAAAAUCUGUGGUUCAUUUGAAAAGUGGGAGCUAGUUUCUGUUACUACGGUCAUGUCCGUUUGUGUGAACCAGAAAUGUAAAGUAUGCACUAAUAGAGAUGAGUGACUGAUUUGUAUCAAAAAGUGUUAUGUAUUCAAUUGAAUGUACCUUUUCUCUGAAGAUUAGUGGUGAGAUGUUACUUUGAUGGAAUGUUACAAGUAAAAAAUUUUUAAAAAAAUCACUUCAACUGCACUAAAUUGAUUUGCUCUAGAAAGCCAGUGUCUCAAUAUUGUAAGACAUUUUUCUAAUGUACAAAAGUAAUUUGUAAUGAUUGACCCUUCACAGAUUUGUAGUUCUGGCCUUGAGCAGUUAAAUGUUUUGUAUUGUCAUGUUUAAUGUGGACCCCAGGAAUAGUAGCUGCUGCUUUCACAAUGGGGAUUCUAAUAAAAUAAUACAAGUAA